CCAAUUGCUCGCUGGCUUGCCCACCAUGUCGACAACGACACAAGCUACCAGAGCAAUGGCAUUCCAGCGACACUGCCGAUCCGGGCUUACAACCCAUCGCCCUAACCUCCCCAUCUACCGCCACGCUUCAAGCUCCUCAUCCUCCUCUCCAUACUCGCCCUCCAACUUCACCCGCCAAUUCCCCUCUAACCGCAAAGGAACCAACAACUCAUCCUCACACUCCCAUACCCUCGGAGCCCCUCGGCCUACUUGGGCUCACCCACGAGCGUCGCGCGGUAUGCCGAUGGACAUUCCCGGCUCUAAGCUCACGUUCUGGGUGUGGGUCAAAACGCUCUUUGGACAUGUACCGAAAUCGAAUUUCAAGCCCGCACCUUUCCACGUAAAUAAUAACCCGUACCGGGCGCGCAAGCAGUGGCCGCCUGACUUUCGAGAGUUGGAUCCAAAACGACAAUUUCAUUUUGAGAAGACGUAUCGGAGACGUGCGGCGCUGAAAUGGGCGCGGCCCACUUGGAAUAAAAGUAUUAAGAUCCUGCAGCAGACGAUGAUUACGAUGACGAUUUUAUACUUUGUGUUCUUUCUGGAACCGGCACAUGGAGAGGGAACGCCGUUUGAUGGAUUUCGAGUUUGGUUUUUCGACAAGAUGAAGAAUUUGGGUCAGCUGCCUGAGUCGACACGAUAUGAGGCAGAGAAAUUAAGCGAUGAAGCAAAAAGCAAGCUGAAGAAAUCGGACAGUGAAGAGAUUGAGUCUUCUCCAGUUGCAAAAGCUUGACAAAUGAGCGCGGUGUAUUGCUUUGUAUCGACUACUUCUCUACUCUACUCUAAUCUUUGAUGCGGCAGUGGAGCUAUGUGGAGCUACGACACCUUACCUAUUCACCUCCCUUCCUCUCGUCUCUCUUCCUCGCGUCACCUUGUAUGGCCAACUCUACGGCGAUCCGUCUCCUUGAAUAUCCCAGCGAUAUUGCACAUUGUCUUGGUCGGCAUCCUUCUCUCCCUUCUACUCGUCGAGGAGUUUAGGCUUUGCCAAGCCCAACCAGAACUAGUAGGGCAAUGUUCAUGACGACCAAGACAAGCCAGAUGAGGGCAGCGAGAGCGGCAGUCAACCAGUUGUUGCGCAUGUUGAAUUCCUGGCCACGUUGUUCGCCCUCCAAAGUGUGGACGGUCAUGAUGUGACUGCGACAGGUAAACCAGAUCAAGGGUGCCGAGACAAAGGGCAAAAUGACACUGAGACAGACUUGACUAGCGGUCAGAGCUUUGUUGAGACCAUCACGACCAAUGGCACCAGCAAUGACAAUACUGGGAACAAUGCUGAUUGAACGGGUGAUGAGUCUGCGCAACCAUGGCUUGAUCGUCCAAUGAAGCAUACCUUCGGACACCAUCUGGCCUGCCAUGGUACAGACGAUACCGGCUGAGGUUCCAGAGAGCAGCAACGCAAUGGCAAAGAGAGUUCCUGCGGCCUUGGACAGAUUCUCGUUCAACAAGUUGUAUAUGCCGAAAAGGUCGGCUUCGGUGGCUUCGGUCUUUGGGUAGAGGGCAGAACCUGAGACGAUGAGAAUGGCCGAGUUGAUAAAGAGGGCAAAUGUGAAGAGAGAAGUGGCGAGUUCGACGAUGGAAUACUUGAGACACGAUUUGAUGGCAUAGAUGGAAGGAACGUACUUGACGUCCUCGUCAUCCUCUUCGUCGAGCAUGAUAUGGCCAUUUUGGCGGUCGAACUCCUUGAGCCGUGGUUGGACGACUCCAGAUCCCAGGAAGAUGGAAUGAGGCAUGACCGUGGCGCCGAUGAUACCGCACGAGAGGUAUAUACCAUUGCCCUCGACGAUGGCCGCGGAUGGAAGAUAACCUUUGAAGACCUGACCAGCAGUGGUGUUUUCCAAGUAGGAAAGUUGAAUGCAGAAGCAGAUCAUGACACCAAGGACCAAACUCAUUACAAAGUACUCGAAUAGUCGUAGUCGGCCCAUGGAGCCAUCAGGACGGUAGAAAAUGAGGAGCACGAGCACAUCUACCAGAGUAAUGGCACAUCCGGCCACGAGGGGGAUGUUGAAAAGCAAGUUUAGAGCAAUAGCAGAGCCAAUAACCUGUAGGUUGUCAG